GGGCGGCCGAAGCUGGGGGUGCGGCUGCGCUCGCCUCACCCGGUCGGCUUCGGGCAGGCCCUGCCCUGAAGGGGUGAAGCGGGGCGAGCGAGAGGUGGAGCCCGCCCCGGCAGCGGACCCAGGCCCCAGCUCAUGCGGGGCGCCCCUGGCUUGGAAGAGUCCUCCGGGCAGAAAGCAGCUCCAGGCAGCGGCCCGGGAGGAAGAGGAAGGGACAGUGCUCAGCCUGGGCAAUCCGGACCUUUCCUGUCGCGUUUGGAGCCCAGGGCUGUCCCGAAGUCUGCUCUUGGCGCCGCUGCUGGGACUCGGGCAGCACCUGCCUGGACCCGGACUUGGACUCCCUGCUCCUCGUAGGCGGCAGCAUCUCCACGCCACCCAGCUCUUCCGCGGUCUCCCUCUGCUUGGGGGCAGUCACGGCCAAGUUACACUCGAAUACAUUCAUGGUGAGAGCCCAUUGACCUUCUUGGUUCCUUCCCGUGCUCUUCCGGCCUCAGGUUCGCCUGUCCCACCUGGAGGCUCGGGAUACCAGUUCCCCCCACCUACCUGUGCAGUCCUGAGGAGGUGGGUGCCGUGGGGCUCCAUCUACAUAAGACACAGUGAGGUGUCUUUUCUUGUGACCCAGAGUUCAUAUCUGGCCAAAGCAGGCUUAGAACGCCAUGCUGUGCUCCUGCGUGCCUGAGCUCAAUGCCUUGGAAGAUCAUGGAGAGAUUUCUACAGGUCCUACCUUCUAGUUUUGCCUGGAAGAUAGAGUGGCUGCAACAGAGGCCACCAGGGUUUCUGAACAUUCACUCCUGUGAGCCAUGUGGGGUGUGGUGGAGUGGAGGCCCACGGAAAUAAGAAGGGGAGAAGAAGCGAAAGUAUUAUGAGGGAGGCCGAGGACUUCAUGCUCCGGACAGAGACACGGUGCUGGGAUUAGGGAUUGCCACUUCUGAGAGGAUGCUGGGGAUCUGCAGAGGGAGACGGAAAUUCCUGGCUGCCUCUUUGACUCUGCUCUGUAUCCCGGCCAUCACCUGGAUUUACUUGUUUGCUGGGAGCUUCGAAGGUCCAUCUCCAGAACCUGCCCUUCAGGGGAAGCUCUGGAGCAGGGACCCACAUCUUGGCAGCAGCCCCCUUGAUGGGAAGCCCGUGUCCCUGUCACCGCUGGAGUCCCAAGCUCACAGUCCCCGCUAUGCAGCCUCCAGCCAGCGUGAGCGCGAGAGCCUGGAGGUGCGCAUGCGCGAGGUCGAGGCCGAGAACCGCGCGCUGCGCAGGCAGCUCAGCCUGGCCCAGGGCCGCGGCCCCGCGCACCGUCGAGGCAACCACUCCAGGACCUACUCCAUGGAGGAGGGCACUGGGGACAGCGAGAACCUGCGGGCUGGCAUCGUGGCAGGCAACAGCUCCGAAUGUGGGCAGCAGCCGGUGGUGGAGAAGUGUGAGACGAUCCACGUCGCCAUCGUCUGUGCCGGAUACAAUGCCAGCCGGGACGUCGUCACCUUGGUCAAGUCCGUCCUCUUUCACAGACGGAACCCUCUGCACUUCCACCUCAUCGCUGACUCCAUCGCCGAGCAGAUCCUGGCCACGCUCUUCCAGACCUGGAUGGUGCCCGCUGUGCGCGUGGACUUCUACAAUGCAGAUGAGCUCAAGUCUGAAGUUUCUUGGAUCCCCAACAAACAUUACUCUGGGAUUUAUGGCCUGAUGAAGCUCGUCCUGACCAAAACUCUUCCUGCCAACCUGGAGAGAGUCAUUGUCCUCGACACAGAUAUCACCUUUGCAACUGACAUCGCAGAGCUCUGGGCUGUGUUCCACAAGUUCAAAGGUCAGCAGGUCCUGGGCUUGGUAGAGAACCAGAGUGACUGGUACCUUGGAAACCUGUGGAAAAAUCACCGCCCUUGGCCAGCCCUUGGGAGGGGCUACAACACAGGGGUGAUUCUGCUGCUUCUGGACAAGCUGCGGAAGAUGAAAUGGGAGCAGAUGUGGAGACUGACGGCAGAGAGGGAGCUCAUGGGCAUGCUGUCUACAUCCUUGGCUGACCAGGAUAUUUUCAAUGCCGUCAUCAAGCAGAACCCCUUCCUGGUGUAUCAGCUGCCCUGCUUCUGGAAUGUGCAGCUGUCAGACCACACCCGCUCCGAGCAGUGCUACAGAGACGUGUCUGAUCUAAAGGUCAUCCACUGGAACUCCCCCAAGAAGCUGCGGGUGAAGAACAAGCACGUGGAGUUCUUCCGAAACCUCUACCUGACCUUCCUGGAGUACGACGGUAACCUGCUGCGGCGGGAGCUGUUCGGCUGCCCCAGCGAGGCCGACGUCAACAGCAAGAACCUCCAGAAGCAGCUGUCGGAGCUCGAUGAGGACGACCUGUGCUAUGAGUUCCGGCGAGAGCGCUUCACCGUGCACCGCACCCACCUGUACUUCCUGCACUACGAGUACGAGCCAGCUGCAGACGGCACCGACGUCACCCUGGUUGCCCAGCUCUCCAUGGACAGGCUCCAGAUGCUGGAGGCCAUCUGCAAACACUGGGAGGGACCCAUCAGUCUGGCCCUCUACCUGUCGGAUGCUGAGGCCCAGCAGUUCCUCCGCUACGCCCAGGGCUCCGAGGUGCUCAUGAGCCGCCACAACGUGGGCUACCACAUUGUGUACAAGGAGGGCCAGUUCUACCCUGUGAACCUCCUGCGCAACGUGGCCAUGAAGCACAUCAGCACCCCCUACACGUUCCUGUCGGACAUCGACUUCCUGCCCAUGUACGGGCUCUAUGAGUACCUCAGGAAGUCUGUCAUCCAGCUUGACCUCGCCAAUACCAAGAAAGCGAUGAUUGUCCCCGCCUUUGAGACACUGCGCUACCGGCUGUCUUUCCCCAAGUCCAAAGCAGAGUUGCUGUCAAUGCUGGACAUGGGGACCCUCUUCACAUUCAGGUACCACGUCUGGACAAAAGGCCACGCACCCACAAACUUUGCCAAGUGGCGGACCGCCACCACGCCUUACCGGGUUGAGUGGGAGGCUGACUUCGAGCCGUACGUGGUGGUGCGACAGGACUGCCCUGAGUAUGACCGGAGGUUUGUGGGCUUCGGCUGGAACAAAGUGGCUCACAUCAUGGAACUGGAUGCACAGGAAUAUGAGUUCAUCGUGCUGCCCAAUGCCUACAUGAUCCACAUGCCCCACGCCCCCAGCUUCGACAUCACCAAGUUCCGUUCCAACAAGCAAUACCGCAUCUGUCUCAAAACCCUGAAGGAAGAGUUUCAGCAGGACAUGUCCCGCCGCUAUGGCUUUGCCGCCCUGAAAUAUCUCACGGCCGAGAACAACAGCUAGCACCGAGAGGCCACCGCUAGGGAGAGACACCACAGGGGACGAGCCACUGGCUGUUUGGGGCCCAGCCUUCAAAGUCAAAAUUGAGCUUUUUGGGGUUUCGUUUUUUUUGUCCCUUUGGCCCUGCCGAGCUGCUCUCCCUGCAGAGAUCUUGACAGGGACGCAGCCAGCUGCAGAGAGUUUGGCAUUCCCAGGGCGUAGAAUUCUCAGGCCUGGCAACACAAGUCUCCUCAAGAAGGGACCUAGAGGGGAGAGCGAGGAAGGGGUUAUCAUCUUAUCACAAAGCCACAAACCAAGUCAGGGCUUCCAGAUAUUCUUAUGGCUUUUUAAUAGUCAUGGGUCCCCUCGUAGCUGGAGGUGGGGAGUCAGAGUGCUGGGGAUUACUCAUCCCGGGAAAUAAGAGCACGUCAUCUCGUCCUUCAGAGGAGACCUUCCUUACCCUGCAGCGUAGUUCGGCACCCAAGGGGAGGGGUAACCAAGGACUGGAGCUAGCCAUUGGGAAGAACGCCAUGGGGACACCGGAUACGGAGGGGCCUGGAGUUGGGCUGGUCGAUUCUUUAUCCUCAAAGUCACUCUUGUUUUCUUUUGAUUUGCUUUAGUUUGGGGGAUUAAGUUUAUUUUUGGUCCCGGAAUCCAAACUAGAAAAUCUGGUCCUCUCAGGCUCUAAAGGAAAGUCAACUGCCUCAACCAACGUCCCCUGUCAGCAGUGGCCCAAUGAGGAGGACAGGAAUCUCCAGCAACUAUUCAGACCUGGGUAGCUGGCGCUCCUCACCCGAGGGCCCCCUCUCCAGGACCCAGGGCUGCAACGGGGACUGCAGAGACACAGCUCCUGGCGUGCAGUCACGUUUCUUUGGGCAGCGGCUGGGUCACGAGGAAAGGGCUUUGAAGGAACCGUUUCCGUGCACACAGAAGGGACAACCCUCUCAGGCCUUCAGAAGAACUCGAGGCAUUCCCGGGUGCCCGAUUCUGAAGACUCGUGUGACCCUGGGGGAGGCCCCCGGGAAAAGGAUGGAGCUGGGGUUCCUCUGUUCUUGCCCUCUUCCCUGUGGAGGGGAAGAGGUGGCGACCUGAGUCUCCCCUGGGGACCUGUCCAGGGGGGCAGGCACCUUCACCGUUCCACAGAUCGAGGAGACACUGGACUUUUUACCCGUUUUCUUUACUCUUCAGUAUUAAUGUUGUGUUUACACUGAUGAGAACACACGAGUGGACGCCCUGCCCUGCGCUGGGCUGUUUGUAUGGCCUUGCCAUGUGACCAGGGAAAGCAGCACUCAAUAAAGGAAAGUACUGACUGUU